AGAUUCAUCUAUUUGCUUGCUGUGCCCACGUUCUUACUACCCGUUCCUUUUUGGGUGGACGGAAAGGCUGGACUGUGUGCAUACGUCGUGCUGUGGAUGGCCUUCUACUACAUCGUCGAGCCCAUACCGCUUCCAGUGACGUCACUAAUGCCCCUCGUACUCUUUCCUCUCCUCGGCGUCCUUACCACAACUGAGACCACCAAUGUCUACUUCAAUAACAUUGGCUUUGUGAUGUUUGCCUCCUUGACAAUGGCUGUGGCUGUGGAGAUUACCAACCUUCACAAGCGAAUCGCCUUAAAGACAUUCAUAUUACUGGGAGCAAGUAACAGGAGGCUCUUGAUGGGUUUUAUGCUGAUCACCAUGUUCCUGUCCAUGUGGAUCCCGAACACAGCCUCCGCCUCUAUAAUGGCUCCAAUUGCAAUGGCGGUGAUGGACCAGAUACAGGGGGCCAACAAUCGUAGAGCCGAAGAUUUGGUUCUUCCGAUGAAAGUAUUAGAUGAAAUAGCGUUCUCUUUUACUUUUUUUAGGAAAGAAUAUAAUCUGCGAUUGGACAAGAUGCGCAAACUCGUCUUGCUGUCGGUCGCUUAUUCUGCCAACGUCGGAGGAACUGGGACACUCGUCGGCACGGCUCCGAACUUAAUCCUCAAGGGACUGCUGGACGAGCGUUUCAAGGACUCGGACGAUCUCACGUUCGCCAUGUGGAUGGUCUACAGCGUGCCACCCAUGCUCGUAAUCAUCAUCGUGGCCUGGACGUACGUGCAAUAUUUGCUGCAGAAGCUCACAUUCGAAGAAGGAGCACUUCUCUUUUUGAUGGCUGCCCUAAUCUUCCUGUGGUUCACGCUGAAGCCACGUGCCUUCCCGGGCUGGAUAGAAUUUUUUCCCUACGCAAAGGACAUCGGCAGCUGCGUGCCCGCCACGGCGGUGGCCAUUUUGCUUUUCGUGGUGCCUAAGGAGCCGCACAAGGGUUCCGCCAGCCCCGGGAUCCUAACCUGGGAGGACGCCAACACCAGGAUUCACUGGGGCGUCAUCUUGCUUAUCAACGGAAGCAUGACGCUCACUCAGGCAUCCAAGAAAUCUGGUAUGUCUGCAAUGCUCGUGAAGGAGCUGCAAGUGCUUGAGGCCCUCCCGGAUUUCUUCGUGGUCAGCAUCCUCUGCUUCGCGGCCUCCAUGUUCACGGAGCUCACCAGCAACGCGGCAGCAAGCUCCAUUAUGCUGCCCCUUGUACUUGAAAUGGCCCUUGCUCUCCGUGUGCACCCCUACUACUUUGCACUGCCCGUGACGGCCGGAUGUUCCUUCUCGUUCAUGCUGCCAGCGGCGACGCCUCCCAACGCCAUCGUGUACGAACUCGGAAAGUUCAAUAUCAUAGACAUGGUUGGCCCCGGGUUUGUGAUGAAUAUGCUCUGCGUGACAGUGGAGCUGAUAGCGAUCCACUUGCUUGGAUUUCCCCUUUUCGAUUUGGGGACUUUUCCCAAAUGGGCCGAAAACCAAACACUUUCGACGGUCAAGCCGUGA